GCGGGGGUCUCUGGAUGUAUCAUACAUUUUUCCAUGUUGAAUAUAAUUGGUGCCGUUGACAAGCCAUGGAUUUGCAGGUGAAAGUUUGCUGCAAAACAAGGAAAUAUUUCGAUAUCUGAGGGCAGUUAAAAUGACGUCGGGCUCGAAAUUCCAGCGCAUCAGAGUUGAGAGUUCAUUGCAAAAAUUGUCAACUUUAUAGUUAUUGUCUUCAGGCUUGAUUAUUGGACAUCUGUGUGUGAAUCAGACAUGGAUCAAGGUGUAGAAAUAGACGAUUCUUUAUACAGCCGACAGCGCUAUGUUCUUGGGGACUCUGCUAUGAAGCAGAUGGCUAACUCAUCAAUUUUAAUCUAUGGAAUGGGAGGUUUGGGAAUUGAAAUUGCUAAGAAUAUAGUCCUUGCAGGAGUGAAGAAUAUAACCAUCCAAGAUGGCAGAUCGGCGGUGAUCCAGGACCUGGGGACUCAGUUCUUCCUGAGGGAGGGGGAUAUAGGCAGAAACAGAGCUGAGUCCAGUGGUCCCAGGUUAUCUGAACUGAAUCCAUACGUGUCUCUCACUGCUCUGACAACAAUCUUAGAGGUCGGCUCGGACCUCAAUUAUCUCAAAAAAUUUCAGUGUGUGAUACUGACAGAGGCUCCACUAAGUGUUCAGAUUCGAGUGAACAACUUCUGUAGACAACAGAUCCCUCCGAUCAGAUUUAUAUCAGCUGAUGUUUUUGGAGUGUGUUGUGGCACAUUUUGUGAUUUUGGAGACAGAUUUGAAAUUAUGGAUAUAGAUGGAGAAGACCCCAAAGAGGUCUUAAUAGAAAAAAUUACCAAAGAUAAUCCUGGAAUAGUGACAUGCUUUAACAAUAAAAUGCACGGUUUUGAAUCUGGAGACCAUGUGACCUUUAGAGAAAUUAAUGGAAUGACAGCCCUAAAUGGUUACACUUGUCAAAUUAAAGUGACGUCACCUUACACCUUUGAAAUCUGUGACACAUCGGGACAAGACUUCGCUCCUUAUGAACAUGGUGGAAUUGUCAAGCAGGUCAAAGUGUCUAAAAUGAUAUCAUUUAAAUCUUUGGAACAAGAAUUAAGGAAUCCCUCUCUUCUUGUCCCAGACCUUUGUAAGUUUGAGGCUCCUACUAAUUUACAUUUAGGUUUUCUGGCUCUACAUCAAUUUUAUGAGACAUUUAAACGUUUUCCAAAUGUUUGGAAUAUGGAGGAUGCCAACAAUAUUAUAUCCAUUGCUACUUCACUGAACACUCAACUAGUCAAUCAGGUAGCUGAUAUAGAUGAGUAUGUGUUAAGAGUUCUGUCCUACACCUGUCACGGUUGUUUGGCACCGCUGUGUGCAGCGCUGGGAGGAUUUGUCGCACAGGAAGGAAUCAAAGCAGUAACUGGGAAAUUUACACCUUUACGACAGUGGUUAUACCUGGACUGUAGAGAGGUUGUACCUAAGGAGGACGCAGGUGCCUCCGACAUAUUUACACCAAGAAAUGACAGAUAUGAUGCCCAAAGAAUAUGUCUGGGACAGAGGAAAUGUGACAUGUUGGCUCAGCUCAAACUCUUCAUGGUGGGCUGUGGAGCUAUUGGCUGUGAGAUGUUGAAGAACUACGCUCUAUUAGGAAUAGGAAGGAAGCAGCAGGGAUGUAUAACAAUAACAGAUAAUGAUCUGAUUGAGAAGUCUAAUCUGAACAGACAGUUUUUAUUCCGACCAGCUGACAUUCAGAAACCUAAGAGUACUACAGCAGCAGGGGCAGUCCUAAAUAUUAAUGCAGAUCUGAACAUAGAGGCACAACAGCAUAAAGUUUGUCCUCAGACAGAAGACAAGGUUUAUAACGAUGCCUUCUUUGAGAACCAAAGCCUGGUAGUCAAUGCUUUAGAUAACAUUGAGGCUCGGCGAUAUGUAGACAGUCGCUGUGUGACCAAUCAGAGAGCUCUGUUAGAGUCUGGAACUCUGGGAACUAAAGGUCAUGUCCAGGUCAUUGUUCCUCACAUGACAGAGUCAUACAGCAGUCAGAAUGACCCUAGAGAUGAAAGUGUACCUUACUGUACUUUGAAAUCCUUCCCAGUAAAUAUAGAACACUGCAUACAGUGGGCCAGAGACAAGUUUGAGAGUUCCUUUACUGGGAAGCCUGACUUGUUUAACAAGUUCUGGAAACAGAAUGGAGAAGUUACUUCUGUAAUACAAAAACUAAAGGAUGGACAAUCAGUAGAUGGCGCUGUUCAGGUCAGUAAAAUGGUGGCCAACCGGAGCGCCACCUGGUGUCAGUGUGUACAGCUGGCAAGACUCAAGUUCCAGAAGUAUUUUAAUCACAAGGCAAAACACCUGCUUCACAUGUUCCCACUUGACACGAAAAUGCAGGAUGGCUCCUUGUUUUGGCAGUCUCCCAAAAGACCCCCAGUCCCCCAGGAGUUUGACAUACACAACCCUCUACAUCUCCUAUUUAUAGUCAGUACAGCUCGCCUGUAUGCAGGCAUGUUCAAUAUUCCUGUUUCCUCAGUCGACACAUCAUUUGAGACAAUUAAUUCAAUUUUACAAAAUAUGAAAAUUCCUGAAUACAGACCAACAAACAAGAAAAUAGUGACAGAUGAGUCGGCCUCUAAGCCAAUGGAGGCAACAGGGAGUGGAGAUGAUCUGUUAGAUGCUGCUAACCGUCUGCAGUCUACACUGAGUGGAGCAGACAUCACACAGGUUCUGAGUCCAAUGAAUCCAGCAGAGUUUGAGAAGGAUGAUGACACCAAUGGACACAUUGACUUCAUAGCAGCAGCUUCAAACUUGCGAGGAGCCAUGUAUAAGAUAGACAGCAUUGACCGCCUCAAAGCCAAGAGGAUUGCUGGUAGAAUUGUUCCUGCAAUAGCCACCACCACAGCUACAGUCAGUGGAUUGGUGACAGUGGAGCUGAUAAAAGUGAUGGAGAAUUUACCUCUAGAGGUGUACAAGAAUGCCUUCCUGAACUUAGCUCUACCAAUAAUUGUACUGUCAGAACCCGGCCCAGCCGAGAAAACAGUCAUCAAGGAAGGUUUGACAGUGACAAUGUGGGACCGGUGGGAGGUUCAUGGAACAGCUGAUUUCACACUUCAACAAUUUUUGCAACACUUCAAGGAUAAAUAUGGUUUUGAGGUAACCAUGGUCAGCCAUGGAGUGAAAAUGGUGUAUGUUCCGUUCAUGCCUGGUCAUAAAAAACGACUGCCACAGCAGAUGUUGAAGCUGUUGAAACCCUCGCCUGGUCAGUUGUACAUGGACUUGAUUAUAAAUCUAGAGGGAAGUGAGGAUGACGAUAUCGCAUGUCCUCCUGUUCGCUACUACUUUGGAGUUUAACAACAGUUGAUAAUAGGAACAUUUUUAAUUAGUGCUAUUUUAAAAGAAAACAUUUCCAUAAGGCCUAAGAAAAAAAUGGUUUGUUUAUGGUCACCUUACCAACCUUCAUCCCUUGCACAGAUGAAUACGAUAUAUUGGUGUGUGUAUGCAAAGUUUAAAAAUUGCAUGUAUUUAUAUUUUUCCUCAAAUGUGUAGGUUUAUGGGUUGUACGAGGUCAUCUUUCAGUAGCAGCCUGUUCCUGAGCUGUCACUUUGGGUGGAUUUGAAAAAAAAAUGACAGGGAGAAUCUUCAAAUUGUCUUUAAAAAUUUCAAAGUUAUUCCUUUAUGUUCAAAUUAAAAAGAGAAAGAACCAAAAUCUUACUUAUCAAUCCUAUUUUUAUGACCAAAAUAUUAACCUAUUUAAUAACCCUAUAUUUAUGAGAUUGUAAAAGAAACAAACACUUUUUUUUCUUAGGCCUGCUUAACUUAUCUGUUUCUGUAUUUUAUUUAUGUACUUUACAAAUUUUUACAUUAUUGAUAUUCUCAAAACGCUGCAAGUGCACUUACUUUUAUUUCAAAAAUAUAGUAGGACACCUGAAGGUCAUUCAAGGACAAGUUAGGGCAAUAUCUAGUUAAGGUAAUUUGAAUCUUGGUACACUUGCAGUAUGUCUGGGGAUUACUAGUAUCUUGUCAUGAAUAAAAAAAAAGUGGUCUCUAUCUGUCUGAUUUGACAGAGUGGAGAAAUUUCUGUCUGGUGGAUCAAGAAGCAGCUGAUAAUAAGCUAAGCAUCAGCCUUAAAUUUGACAGAGUUUGAACACAUGUUGCCUCCACUUUGUAAGUGGGGAACAAAUGAGCAGAAGAAUGUUGAUUAUUUACAUAUACAGUGCAUGUAUACUUCAUUUCAAGCAGAUAUUCACAUCAUAUACUAGUCAGGAUUACCUUGAGUAAACCAAAACAAGGCAUCAGUACAUGUACACUAAAGAGUUCUAAUUCUCUGAAACUUUUAUGUCAUAAGAGUAGCUGCCUUUUGAUUUGAAAUUGGGCCAUGAAAUGUUCAGUUUGUGAUCACACUAAUAUACAAGACUAAGCUUGAUUAAAUGCUAUUUUAUGCAUGUUAUUUCUUGAAGUAGCAACACUGAUUUCUGUUCAUAAAUAUGUUUUCUUUGAGAGCAUUUGCCUGGGUGAGAAUGAUAGCUUUGUGUACAUUAUCAAGAUUGAAAAUAAAUACAUCAACUCCA